AUGUCUGUUGUGGGUCGAAAUUAUUAUGGUGUGUUUCCGUUGAGAGGUACAUUGCUUAAUGUGAGGGAAGCAAGCCAUAAACAGAUCAUGGAGAACGCUGAAAUCACGAGCAUCAAGCAGAUUGUUGGACUUCAGCAUGGAAAGCAGUAUGACAGUGUGAAGACUCUGAGAUAUGGUCAUUUGAUGAUCAUGACUGAUCAGUUCCUUGCUACUGUGUCCCAUGAGAUCAGAACCCCAAUGAAUGGUGUUCUUGAUGCUAAUGGACACAGAUCUGGAUGUAACUCAACAGGACAUCCUAUAGCUAUAUCUGCAGCAAGAAAAGUGAAACAUGUAUUUGCUAAUGAUUUAAACCCCUUUGCGGUUGAAUAUCUGGAAAGGAAUUGUGUCCUCAACAAACUUGAGAGGAAGAUAGAAGUUUUUAACAUGGAUGGAAGGAGGUUCAUUGAUGCUAUGUUUGCAAGUCAAAAAGCUCAAUCCAUCACACAAGUGGUUAUGAAUUUGCCAAAUGACGCUGCAGAGUAUCUAGAUGUAUUCAGGGGAAUAUUUAGAACAAAGCCCAAGUAGAGAGAAAUUACCUUGCCAAAGAUCCAUGUUUAUGGAUUCUCAAAAGCAACGUCAAAUAU